CCGCCAUCCUGGAACCACAUUUCACCUGGGAACCCAGUGAUUGACGUUGACGAUGGCGGACUCUGCACCAAAGUCGCCCGCACCGGCAUCAGCCUCGAGGUCAAGGACAGUCUCUCCAACAAGAGAGGCCUCAGCUGUCCCCAAUACGGCACCUUCAACCGGUCCUUCUUCACCUGAAGCCGAUCCUGCUGUGCUUGAAGUUGACGAUGCAGUCAGUCUCAACGAGACCGAGUCGAACAUCGACGACAGGAUUUCUACAUACACCGCGUCUUUGAGCUCGAGUGUUCUCGACUACCCUACCGAGAACGGCCGUCGUUACCACGCCUAUCGUUCGGGAUCAUAUCUGAUCCCCAAUGACGAGAGUGAAAUGGACCGGCUUGACUUGAAUCACAUGUUGAUGACGAAAACAAUCGGCAAGAAACUCUUUUUGGCUCCGGUUCCACAGGAAAAGACUCACCGGAUCCUCGACAUUGGCACUGGCACCGGAAUCUGGGCUAUUGAGGCAGCGGAGAUCUUCCCCAACGCCGAGAUUCUGGGGAACGACCUCAGCGCCAUCCAGCCAGAUUGGGUGCCGUCAAACAUCAAGUUCGAAGUUGACGAUGUCGAAAGCCCUUGGGUCCAUGACAACAAGUACGACUUCAUCUUCUGCCGAUACAUGGCCUCGUCAAUCACGGACUGGCCAAAGUUGGUGAAGAACAUCUACGACAAUCUCAAUCCAGGCGGCUGGGUUGAGUUCCAAGAUUUCGACUUUGGUUUCUAUUCGGAUGACGGCACCGUCACCGAGGAACACUACGCAAGCAAAUGGUGCAAGCUUCUGUUUGAGGGCUGCGAGAGGUUCGGCCGCGACCCCUGCCCCGGUCCGAAGAUUGGAGGAUGGGUCAAGAGCGCCGGCUUCGUCGACGUCGUGCAGGAGGAGUACAAAGUGCCCUUCGGGCCGUGGCCGAAGGACCCUCACUACAGGGACAUCGGCAUGACGAACCUGGUCCAGCUCCUGGAUGGGCUGGAAGGGUUCAGCCUGAGGGUCUUUUGCGGUGCUCACGGUUGGACCCAGGAGGAGGUCUUGGUGUUCCUUGCCCAUGUGCGCCAAGAGUUGAAGGCCGGGAAGUAUCAUUCCUACGAUAAGCUCCACGUGGUUUAUGCGCAAAAGCCCCAUGAUGAGGCAAGCGAAUGAGGUCAAUCGUUUUUGGUUGUCGUCCUGAUGGUGCUGGGCCGGGGUUAGGCCCCCCUAUAGUCGUUUCGUUCUGUGAAACAAAUCUGAUAAUAAACAACUCGAGACUGCCAGUCGGCGUCGAGUUUCUCCAUCCC